GGAGGCGGGGGCGCGUUCCUGCAGCACUGGCCGCCGGAGUUGGGGGGCGAGCUCGGCAGUGACGCGGGGCCCUCACGUGACCGGGAGCUGCAGAGCGACGCAGCCUUCCGAGCAGUCGUCACUCCCGUCUGGGUACCAGCUCCCCGCUGCCCUGCGCACGGCGGGCUGGCAUCGGGCCCGGGGAAGCGGAGCAGGUCUGCGGGUCCAAGUGUCAAGUGUCGCGGCGGCUCACUUGGGGCGAGAAUCGGGAGGAGGAGGAGACGGCAAGGAUAGGCCCAGAAAAACAACCAGAAAAAAAAAAAGUCUCAUCAUGGCCAAUAUCCACCAGGAAAACGAAGAAAUGGAGCAGCCCAUGCAGAAUGGAGAGGAAGACCGCCCUUUGGCAGGGGGCGAAGGCCACCAGCCUGCAGGAAAUAUCAGACGGGGACAGGCUCGCCGACUUGCCCCUAAUUUCCGAUGGGCCAUACCCAAUAGGCAGGUCAAUGAUGGGAUGGGUGGAGAUGGAGAUGAUAUGGAAAUGUUCAUGGAGGAGAUGAGAGAAAUCAGGAGAAAACUUAGGGAGCUGCAGUUGAGGAAUUGUCUGCGUAUCCUUAUGGGGGAGCUCUCUAAUCACCAUGACCAUCAUGAUGAAUUUUGCCUUAUGCCUUAACUCCUGCCAUUUUCCAUGAGAUUAAUACUGUGAUUCCCACUAUUGUUUUCUUUGCAUUUUCCUGUUAUGCCUUUACUGAUCGUUUGCUGUGAACCUUAUGUAAUUUCCAUGUGUCCGAUGGGUUCUGUGUUACCAGCUUCUAAUUGGAGAUUGCCUUGGCACCCAGUCUAAGUUUCUGUCAUCAGUAAAGUUUCACCCAUUUGCAUGGAAAAAUGUAAAGUUAAUAAAGCACUUAAAAAGCAAUCUA